UUUUAAGAAACUUUUAAAUUUCAAAUGUGUUUUGUAUUAUAUGUCAGAAACUGAAUUGUUGAUUCUAUACUUGGUAUUUGUGUAUCUAACAGUAGUUACAGGCGUAGCGCUCUUGAUAAUCACAAUGUAACUUGAGUAUCGCACAAUUUCCAUGAUUUCAAGGAGAUUUUUUAGCUUCCUGAGUAAAUCCAAUGGUAAUAAUUUAAAUCUUGAUGUUUUCUCAAAAAAUGGAUCUCAACUGUCACAAACCAUACGAAUCGCAUCCCAAAAAAGAUACGACGAUUUAAAAUUUUGGAAUUUGGCUAAAACCAGGUUUCAGUACCUAUAUAAAGGUUUAAAUGGGAGAAAUCUAGCCUUUAUCGCAAAUGGCUUCGCACGAGCAAAUAUUACAGACAAUUCCAUCUGGAAUUCUAUCAUUUCAAGAUCAAACGACAUUAUACAUGAGUUGGAUAUUCAGGAUUUAGCUCUGUUGUUAAAUGCCAUGUGUAAGAUAGAAGGGAUAGAUAAGGCCGAUUUAACCUAUUUAAUAAUGAAAAUUAAGAGCUUAAGAGAGUUUGUCCCUCGAUAUUCCUGUAUGAUUAUGCACUCUUUGGGAAAGAUUAAAAAAUAUGAUUCCGAGCUUGUUAAUUUGUUACUGGAGUCAAUUAAGCCAAAUUUAAACCGGUUAACCCUAGUUUCAAUAUCAAACCUGGUUAACAGCUUUUACAACCUAAAGUACUAUGAUAAAGAUGUGAUGAAACAGCUGAUUGAGGUAAUUAAUUGUAAAAUGAGUGACACAACAAACUACAAAUUGAGUGAAGAUAAAAGUGUUAAGACAUUAGUGUCAAUUUACCAGGGCUAUGCAUACUCUGGUGUUCACAAUAGAGAGUUAUACUCCAAUUUCUUCAACUACUUUCUUAAUAAUGCGAAAGAUUUGAAAAUUGUUGAAAUUAUUAUCAUAGCAAAUUCAAUGAAAGUUUCCAAAUGUCACUCUGAGGAACUGAUUGAGAAGAUGAGUAAGAAGUUGAUAAACAGCCCAAGAAAGUAUAAUUUGGAUAAUUUAUCAUCAUAUUUGCAAGCUUUAUCUCCUAAAUAUUCAACAAAAGCAAAUGUUGAGAAGGUGAUGAAAAAUGUUGAAGCUAAUCGAUUUACUGGCAAUUUUACCCCUUCAAACUCGGUCACACUGUUACAAGUUUACAACAACUUUGAUAUUGAGAAUGAGAAUUUGUUAAAAAUGUUGAUGAACAGUUUGAAAGAGAAUACAGGAAAAUUGACAGAAUUAGAAUUGAUGAAUGUAAUUUGCUGUUGUAAAGUAAUUGAAGAAAGUGAUUUGGAGAAAUUUCUAGAACUUUUCAUCUCAAUGGAUAAUUCAGUACAAAAUUUAUCAAGAGUUUUGUACUAUACAACUAAGUCUAAGAUAAAGUUAAGUAAAAUUGAGGAUGAAAUUAUAGAAAAAUUGGCCAAAAGUAAACGUAAAAACUGUGACUCUACGGUGACUAUUUCAAAUCUUUUGUGCGGUCUAAAAAGUAUAAAGGACUCUGAUUAUAAAAAUGAGUUAAUAAAUCAGUGUAUAGAAUAUGUAAAGGAGAAUUAUAAUAAGUUUACGAAUCAGCUUUUAGCCUCGUCACUUGACUCUAUAAAUGAACUGGGAAGAACAGAUGAAAUUUUGGACAAAUUUAUUAAAAACAUUGGGAGAUUUAAGGAGUACAAAAGUUAUAGAGAUAAUGUUACAUUGUUGAAAAUGUUAAAUUCCAUAAACUAUUUCAAAUUCUCCGGAAGUUUAGAAAGUAUCUUAAAGUCGUAUCAAGUUAUAUUAAAUAACGUUAAAAGCUGUGAAAAAGGAGAUAUGAAUGAGGGCUCAGAACUUGAAGAGAAAAUUUUGGAGGAAUCCAGUGUUAUUGUGCAAAUGUUACUGAGUAAAUUAAAAGUUGAAAACCGACCACACAUGGCGAAACAGACCAAUUUAAAUUCAUAAACAUGUAAAUAAUGUUUCAAAAAAUG